AUGGGACCGAAAAAGGUAGCAGCUUAUGGGGCCAUUUCCAAUAAUGUCGAGGAUCUGAGGUCACAACUAGCUUCCAUUACUGAGAAAUAUGAAAAACAACAAGAUCUAAUUAUGCGUUUAACUAGAUCUGUUGAAAUACUUACAAAGAAGGAAAAAGAACCAUAUCUAGUUGGCAUAAACAUUCCAGAGAAAUCUACGGAUGAUGAAUCUGCUACUGCCGAUAGGCUUUUAGCAGAAAACAUUGUAGUUGCCGCUUGGUUCAAGACUGAAUUCAUUAAGGAGGUUCGUCGUCAUGGAAGGAAGGGGACAGGCAGGCCACGAGUACUUAAAAUUCGUCUCGAAGAUAAGCAUAUGGCCAUGUGUUUUGCGUAA